AUGGCCUACCAGGACAGCCCGAAGCGGCGCAAACUCGACUCCGACAACUUCUCCGUCCCAUCGCGGCCGUUUACCCCCAAGCCCUCCAACUCACGCGCGCAAACCCCUAGACCUUCCAGACCUGCUUUGCUAUCGAGACCGAACGGAACCGAAAAGCCCGAGGCCGAGGUGACAGAGGAGGAUGCUCUAGCUUUGGAUCGAGACUGGUAUGGCGGCGAGGAGUACGGACACACAUUCGGCGACGAGACGCACAAUCCCUUUGGCGAUGGUGAUAGUACAUGGCAAGAGCAGCAGAGGGAAGCAGCCCUGGUGGAGAAGAAGCUUGGGAAGCGUAUAAACGCAAGAGCGGCGCAACGGCAGAAGGACAACGACGCCUGGGAAACCAACCGCAUGCUUACAUCUGGAGUCGCGCAACGACGGGAUCUCGAUACGGGCUUCGACGAUGACGAUGAGAGCACUAGGGUCCACCUCCUCGUCCAUGAGCUCAGGCCGCCUUUCCUGGACGGACGGCAAAUAUUUACGAAGCAGCUCGAUCCCGUUCCAGCCGUGAGAGAUCCGCAGAGUGACAUGGCCGUGUUCGCCCGGAAGGGUAGUAAGCUUGUCAAGGAGCGCAGGCAACAAAGGGAGAGGCAAAAGCAAGCACAUGAGGCAACGAACAUUGCUGGCACGGCCCUCGGCAACCUGAUGGGGGUGAAGGACAGCGACGCCGACAGUGCAGCACCGCUCCCAGGCGAAGAAGAGCAACAGCUACGGAAAAGAGGGAACAGGUUUGCCGGGAGCUUGAAGCAGAGCGAAGGGCAAAGUGCUUUCAGCCGAAGCAAGACACUCGAAGAGCAGCGCAAAUAUCUUCCUGCGUUUGCGGUGCGGGAAAAACUCCUGGAGGUCAUCCGUAACAACCAAGUCACGAUCGUGGUGGGUCAGACAGGUUCCGGCAAGACAACACAGUUGACACAGUUCCUGUACGAAGACGGCUUUGCAAAAGCAGGGAUGAUCGGUUGCACGCAACCCAGACGUAUCGCUGCCAUGAGUGUGGCCAAGCGAGUCAGCGAGGAGAUGAGCACUAAGCUUGGAGGCCUUGUCGGGUAUGCCAUCCGUUUCGAAGACUGUACAAGCGAGGAAACUGCCAUCAAGUACAUGACUGACGGAGUUCUUCUGCGAGAGUCGCUAGUUGAGCCCGACUUGGACAAGUAUUCCUGCAUCAUCAUGGACGAAGCGCACGAGCGCGGCCUGAAUACCGAUAUUCUUAUGGGAUUGUUCAAAAAGCUGCUCCCUCGACGGCGAGAUCUUCGGCUGAUUGUAACCUCCGCGACCAUGAACGCUGAGCGAUUUUCCCGCUUCUACGGUGGCGCGCCGGAAUUCUUCAUACCUGGCCGGACCUUUCCUGUGGAUAUCCAAUUCUCGCGAUCUCCGUGCGAAGACUAUGUCGACAGCGCCGUCAGGCAAGUUUUGGCCAUCCAUGUCUCCCAAUCGGCGGGCGAUAUCCUUGUUUUCAUGACUGGCCAGGAAGAUAUAGAUGUUACAUGCGAGGUUAUCGAGGAACGCUUGAAACUGCUGAACGAUCCACCUAAACUCCUCAUACUGCCCGUCUACAGUCAACUGCCGGCUGACCUCCAAGCUAAGGUGUUCGAGUCCGCACCGCCUGGGGUCAGAAAAGUCAUCGUUGCAACAAACAUUGCCGAAACCAGCUUGACGGUUGACGGUAUUAUGUACGUCGUCGACGCUGGGUUCUCAAAGCUCAACGUAUACAACCCGCGAAUGAAGAUCGACACCCUUCAAGUAACGCCGAUAUCUCAAGCCAAUGCGUCGCAAAGAGCUGGUCGUGCCGGGCGGACUGGACCUGGCAAGUGCUUCCAUCUUUACACCGAACGAGCAUUCAGAGACGAGUUCUACAUUCAAACUAUUCCGGAGAUACAGCGAGCCAACUUGGCAAACAUCGUGCUUCUGCUCAAGUCGCUCGGGGUGAAGGACCUCCUAGAUUUCGACUUUAUGGAUCCACCUCCGCAGGAUAGCAUUGUCACGUCGCUGUUCGAUCUGUGGGCUCUUGGUGCGAUCGACAACAUUGGCGGUCUCACAGCGCUUGGAAGAGCAAUGACGGCCUUUCCUAUGGAUCCGUCUCUUGGGAAAAUCAUCAUCACUUCAGUAGAUUACGGUUGUAGCGAGGAGAUCCUCACGAUUGCAGCUGUACUCUCCGCCCCACCAGUCUUCUAUCGUCCUAUGGAACGGCAAGAAGAAGCCGAUACUGCUAAAGAGAAAUUCUCUGUAUCCGAGUCGGAUCAUCUCACGCUUCUAAACGUGUACAACAUGUGGAAGAUGUAUGGAUAUUCCGAUGCCUGGUGUACGACUCAUUUCCUGCAUGCCAAAGCGCUCCACAGAGCAAGAGAUGUCCGGGAUCAGCUAGUGGACAUCAUGAAGAAGCAUAAGAUGGCGCUGACAAGCUGCGGUACGGACUGGGACAUCAUUCGCAAGUGUAUCUGCUCAGGCUACUACCAUCAAGCGGCGAAAAGGAAGGGCCUCGGUGAAUACAUCAACCUCAGAACCAGCGUUACAGUUCAGCUGCAUCCAACCAGCGCGCUCUACGGGUCUCCGGAUAUACCCGACUACGUCAUCUACCACGAACUGGUGCAGACGUCGAAGGAGUUCAUGCGCAACGUGACCGCCGUUGACCCCCACUGGCUUGCUGAACUGGGUGGAGUCUUCUACUCGGUCAAAGAGAAGGGCUACUCGGCCCGCGACAAGCGGGUUACCGAGACGGAGUUUAAUCGGAAGGCAGAGCUUGAGGCGAAGAUGGCGGAGGACAAGGAGCGCGAAGCCCAGCGUGUAGCCAGGGAGCAAGAAGGCCCCAAGUCUGCUGUGAAGAGGCCUUUGACGUCUGCAGUGCACAAGGUAGCUUCUAAGGGUGCUGUGAGACGACCGACAAUGCCCAAAAUAAGGGGCAGAGGGUUUUAG